AAACUUCAAAUAAACUGUCGAAUUGACUUUAAGACAUGUAUAUUACGAGAAUACAUUUUCAAAAUUGAUUUUUGAAAAUUCCGGGAGACAAGACGAAAUGCAGUCCUAGGUGGAAACAAGAAAUCUGGAUUUUCGUGCGAUAUUCAAUUGUGUGUUAUAUCGAUACCAUCGAUAACAUCGAUCCGGUCAGCGGGCGGUCGGAAUUUUGUGUUAAUAAACAAUUAGGUAAUAAGUAAUAUUAUGCUUAGGAAUCUGUCAUUGCGGUCGCUGCGCAUAACACGCGCACUUACGCAUUGCAAUUAUGCGACCAAUGUUCCCGUAACCACGGCCUUGGAGGGAUGGCCGGCCAAACUCAAGGCCGCCGGAAUUGAGGACACGGAGUUCAACAUCAAGUGCAUUGUUUCGCACGUUCUCAACCGGAAAUUCAACACGGUCCCCGAUUCCCUCGCCCAGCUGAACUUCAAUCCAACGCAGCUAGCGGACUUCGAGCGUUUCCUGGAGGCGCGAUGUGCGCGAAUGCCCCUGCAGCACAUCAUCGGGGAGUGGGACUUCAUGGACAUCACUUUGAAAACGGCUCCCACUGUCUUUAUACCGCGCCCCGAAACGGAGGAGUUUGUGCGCCUUGUUAUCGAGAACUACAAGGAUGCCAAGCACGUCAACAUGCUGGAAGUUGGCUGUGGCUCGGGUGCCAUGUCCCUGUCUAUGCUGCACACCCUACCACAGGUGGUAUCCACUGCCAUCGAGAGGAGCAAGGCGGCCACAGUUCUGGCGGCGGAGAAUGCCAAGCUGUUGGGUCUAGAGGGUCGCUUCAGUGUGCACAACCACACCAUGGAGGAGGACAAGUACAUGCCGGAGGAGCUGAAGGACCAGAAGUAUGACUUAAUCAUUUCCAAUCCGCCGUAUGUCAAGACGGACGAGUUUCAGUACCUGCAUCCAGAGGUCGUUGUCUAUGAGAAUCUGAAUGCCCUGGAUGGGGGUUCCGAUGGUUUAAGAGUAGCUCGACUGGUCUUUGAGCUAGCCUGCUGCCACCUGCACCCGGGUGGACAACUGUGGCUCGAGCUCGGCAACGAACAUCCCCCGCUGGUCAAGACCAUUAUGAACCUGAAGUAUGAGGGCCGGCUCAAGUUUCUGUCCAGCUACUACGAUCAGUACAAGCGCGAGCGAUUUGUCCAGAUUGAGAGAGUUUAG